GCCACACAGGAGGAACACCGAGUGGAUGUAUCGCAGAUUUAAAGCCAGGAGAAGCUUACAUCAGGUAAAUAAACACAAUGGAGCUGAAGCCUUUAUUAAAGAAGCUGGGCACAGUAGUCCGUGCCAUCUUCACUUUCACCUUUGCUCUGGUGGUCCUGGGCGUGAUGGUGUGGGCCUACGUUGAUGGUUUCCAGCUGGCGACAUCCAUGUAUGGGAUCAUCUCCUUUGGCUUUUAUGGACUGCUCCUCUCACUCCACGUGUUGGUCCAGAGCUUCUUCGCCUUCAUUGAGCACCGGCGAAUGAAAUCUCGCACAAAGCCCUGCUCCUUUACCAAAACCAUCGGCUUCACCAUAUCAGCCUACCAGGAGGACCCUGAGUACCUGAGGGAGUGCCUCAACUCCAUCAGGGCCCUCAAGUAUCCUCCUGAGCUGCUGCGCAUCAUCAUGGUGAUAGACGGGAACUCAGAUGAUGACCGAUAUAUGAUGGAAAUGUUCAGGGAGGUGUUUGCAGACCAAGACCCUGGCUGUUAUGUGUGGAAGAACAACUACCAUACAUGGGACCCCACCCAGGCCAAGCAGGAUGUGGAGAUGGCUAUGGGCCCAGGAGGGGAUGCUGAUUAUCCUGUGGGUGAAGAUCCACAGCGAAAAGAGGUAGAGCACCUGAUCCAGAACAGGAGGUGCGUGUGCAUCAUGCAGAAGUGGGGCGGCAAGCGAGAAGUGAUGUACACAGCGUUUAAAGCACUCGGGCCAUCAGUUGACUAUAUACAGGUGUGUGACUCAGACACCAAGCUGGACCCUCUGGCCACGGUGGAGCUGUGUAAAGUGCUGGAGAGUAACCACAAGUAUGGUGCCGUGGGAGGAGAUGUGAUGAUCCUCAACCUAAAAGACUCUUACAUCAGCUUCAUGAGCAGUCUGAGGUACUGGAUGGCUUUCAACAUCGAAAGGUCCUGCCAGUCCUUCUUCAACUGCGUGUCCUGCAUAAGUGGUCCACUGGGUCUGUACAGGAACGACCUGCUGCAGCAGUUUCUGGAGUCCUGGUAUAAUCAGAAGUUUUUGGGAACUCAUUGCACAUUUGGGGACGACAGACAUCUUACCAACCGAAUGCUGAGCAUGGGCUACGCUACAAAAUACACAGCACGCUCCAAAUGCUACACAGAGACACCCGCUCAGUUCCUGCGCUGGCUCAACCAGCAGACCCGCUGGACGAAGUCCUACUUCCGCGAGUGGCUCUACAAUGCAAUGUGGUGGCACAAGCACCACCUCUGGAUGACCUACGAGUCCAUUGUCUCAGGUAUUUUCCCCUUCUUUGUCACCGCCACCAUCAUCCAGCUGUUUUGGACGGGCACGCUGUGGGACAUCCUCUGGAUCCUGUGCUGCAUCCAGCUGAUCGGGCUGGUGAAAGCGGCUUAUGCCUGCAUCCUGCGCAGAGACAUGGUGAUGGUGUUUAUGUCCCUGUACUCUGCUUUGUACAUGACCAGCCUGCUGCCUGCCAAGUACUUUGCCAUAAUCACCAUGAACAAGAGCAGCUGGGGGACGUCAGGCAGGCGUAAGAUUGUAGGGAACUACAUGCCCCUCCUGCCUCUAUCAGUGUGGUCGGCCAUUUUAUUAGGUGGGCUUUUUUACACAAUCUACAAGGAGAGUAAACUGGAUUGGUCUAGCCCAGCUAAGAUAAUGGAGACCAGGUUUCUUGUCUUUGGCUGCGUAGCAUACAUAUGCUACUGGCUGCUCAUGAUGCUCCUCUACUGGGUGUGGUUCCGCCAGAUAUGUAGGAAACGUUUCCAGAGUUACGCACUGAAUGUGUAGGUUCAAGAUGUCCAGUGAAGAACUAGGAGAAGGAAGAUAAUUUAUUCAAAUUCAACCAUUGACCUUAUUUUCUUCACUUGGUUUCAUUUAUUUAUUGUGUCUCACAUUUCAGUAACUGAUGGACAUGGUCAGUAUGGAUCCAAUGGAU